AUGGGCAGAAAGCCUGCUCAGAAGGAUGGGCAGCCGCUGGCAAAAGCUUUUGCCAAGGGUGCUGCUGCAAAGCAAAAAGCGCCCGCUGCAAAGACCGCGCCAAAGACCAAUUCGCGGCAAGACCAGGCAUCUUUGAAAGUCUUGCCAGUGGUGCCAGAAUUUGGUGACACAGCUUCCAAAGAAGCUAGUGGCAGUGCACCUCAUCAGGCAGUUCCACCUGCAAAGAGAAAAGAAUUUGCAGAAGGCUCCAAAGAUAGUUUUGGCCAGGCUUUGGCCGCCGGCGCAAGUGAUGAGGGUCACUUGGAGCCACAUAAGCGGCUUUGUUUGGAAUCAGCUGCACAGACGGCUGAGAAGGCAGUUAUUGAGGAUUUGGUUAGGGCUCAGUUGGACAAGGCCAAUCAAGAGCACCAGAGCACAGGACUUGAAGUGGAUACCGGAGCGGAAGGAACAAUCUCAAAGUCUUCAUCUACCGCUCUUGGUGCUGUUGGCGCUGAGCUUGGGAACAAUGAUGAGGUUAGGGCUGCAGUUGCCGCUACCGAACCGUCGAAGGGCAGCAAUGAGAAAUGUCCAGAUGUCAAACCUGAGGUCAAGCCUUCUAGCCCACCGCAAGAAGGCAAGUCAAAGAAUCCGUUACUGGAAGAGACUCAGUCUGCAGCCUUGGCAGAGGCAAAGAACGCAGGAGAGGAAGCACAAGCAGCAACAGUUGAGAAAAAAGAUGAAGAUCCGGCCUCCUCGGCCCCACUUGAACCCACGGCAGAAAAAGAUGAUGCUCUUUCUUCAGCUGUGAAGGAUCAGGGUGGUGACCUUCCUUCCCUUUCUUCUUCAGCUUUGCCGCCAAGUGGAGGAAGUGUGGCCAAUGAAUCGUCAAAACAUGGUGAUGCUGGGGACUCUUCGGCUUUGCAGCAACAAGGAGAAGAGGAUGUCACAAUGGACCCUCCGCCGGAAGAGGCUCAGCCUGCAGCCUUGCCAGACAGAAAGAACGCAGGAGAGGAAGCACAAACAGCAACAGUUGAGAAAAAAGAUGACGAUCCGGCCUCCUUGGCCCCACGUGAACCCAUGGCAGGAAAAGGCGGAAGUGUGGCCAAUGCAUCACCAAAACAGGAUGAUGCUGGGGACUCUUUGGCUUUGCAGCAACAAGGAGCAGAGGAUGCCACGAUGGACCCUCCGCCGGAAGAGGCUCAGUCUGCAGCAGUUGGAGAUUUCGUGGACAUUGCCGAGUGCUACAGGGAGAGAAUUUUGCAAGAGCUUCUGGAGAUGACGGAUGAGUCAAGAAGAAAAGAGUUGGAGUGGGCUGACAUGCACCCAGACUUGCAUGAAUACAACGCCAGUUUGAAAGAGAGGGGCUUGCAGGAACUUUCUUUUGAGGGUGGACGAUACAAGGGUGGGUUUGGCAGCAACGCUUCUGUCCCAUUGAGCGGGUUCAUGGCGUGGCUGUGGGAAAAGGAGCAACGUGAGAAGGGCGACGACAGCGACGAGGAUCACGAAGCUGAAGCUGGUUCCGGGAGUGAUGCUGAAUCGAUCACAGCUUUGAUUGAAAGCGAGAUGAGCAAGAUGGAAUUUGACAAAAGCGAAGGCCAUUUCGCUGCUGCCUUGCUUUCAAUUUUCACAAUCCAUUGA